AUGUCCGCCAAAACCCAAGUCGUCGAGACCGGUGUCGUCGCGCCGCCAGCCAAGCCCAGCAUCGGCGCGCGCAUCGCGGCCCAUUUCAAGCGGUGGUGGUGGGCGCACUUGGUUGCAUUUGUGGCCGUGGUUCUGGUGAUUGUGUUGCCAGUUAUAUACGUCGCCUAUCCCAAAAUCGCCCAACACGACGUCAACGCCUCAUCCCUCAAAAUAACAACCAUGAAAAUCAGCAACCCAACCCCAGAAUCCUUCCGUCUCGAGCAAACCCAGGUCAUCGGCUCCGACAGCAAAUACCACCCGCGCAUAUAUGCAUUCGACGCUGAUGUCUCUCUCGGCGGCGCGGCGGCACCGUUCACAACUGUGCGCGUGCCGGAGGUCAAAUCGCAGGAUGGGACUGAGGUCAAUGUCUCCCAGAUGGUGACACUAAGUGAUCUCGGGGUUUUUGGGGGGUAUGCGAAAGCAGUGAUGUUGAGUAAGGAGGUUGGGUUGAAUAUUUAUGGGAGGCCUGAUCUGAAGGAGGGGGUGCUGCCUACUACUACGGUGACGUAUAAUAAGACUGUUACUAUGAAGGGUCUGAACAGACUCAAAGGCUUCGAUGUCACCGAGUUUCAUAUCCUGCUGGAACCUGAGAAUGGGCGUAACAUGAAUGGGACGGUGCUCAUUCCCAACCCGACGGUGAUGACAAUUGAAAUGGGCAACCUCACCCUCGACCUCUCUAUCAGAGGCCAACCCGUCGGCCAAACCUUCCUCGAAAACCUCGUUCUAAAGCCGGGCAACAAUUCAGUGUCCAUGACAUCCACUGUGGACCAAGUCGCCAUCAUCAAGAUGCUGACAUCCAAGACCAAUGUGUGGACAACUGGGGUCGUGCCGUUUGAUAUUACAGGUAACUCCAGCGUCUAUAACGGCAAGGAGCUGCCUUACUUUACGAAAGCGUUGUCUGCGAAUAACCUCACAGUGAAUCUGGAUGUUUUCAAAGCUUUGACUAAGAUAGGAAUUGAUCUCUGA